AUAUAUUCCAAUCCCUUAGCCACUCCAAAUUAUACAAAACAAGAAAACAAAUACAUUCUAAUAGCAUUUUCAGCUCAUCCAUCAAAACAAAACAAAAUACAGUUAACAGAUUCUACUCGAAGUUGCGAUUACAUUUCACGAAUUCCAUGGCCCUAUUGAGAAACGGAGAAGAAAGCGUUAGAGCUCUAAUGAAACUCGAGCAUUUCGUUAAAAGGAUACAACGGGGUGUCGUUCAUUCAUCUAGAGGAUCAAGCCUCAGGGACAUUAAGCAAGGACAUUUCGCAGUUAUUGCGGCGAAGGGUGGUGAACCAAAGAGAUUUAUAGUGGAGUUAGAGUAUCUAACGAAUCCCGCAUUCGUGAAGUUACUGGAGGAAGCGGAACAGGAAUUUGGGCUCCAACAGAAAGGAGUUCUUUCAGUUCCUUGUCAACCCGAAGAACUAGAGAUGAUUAUAGGCGAAAGAAGAAGAAUGAGUACCGAAUGGUAAUGGACAUUUAAAAUCUUUAUGUACCAAAAAAUGAUCGGUGUUAUUCAAAGUGUUCAGUAGUGCGAACUGUGAUAAGAAACAAAGAUCUAUUCAACCAGGAAAUUCUUACAAGUUCAGUAGAAACAUAUUCGUUCAGCUUUUGAGAUUAAAAUAAUGAACUCAUUCUCAUUACAAAAUAAACACAUCUCUAGAUAUAUAUAUAUAUGUGUGUGUGUUCCUAAAAUAGAAUUUGGAAAAACAAUUAAGUUGGUAUUAGAGCCUAGAAGUCAAUCAUGAAACCAAGAGAAGAUUAAUUAUUGCAUGCAUAAUAACAAGCUAAUUAAGGCUCUUGCAUGCUUUCAUAUAUAAAGAUGUGGUUGUGAGUAUGCCAAAAACAACACACAGGGAUUGUCUAAAGU